GAUAGUGCCCUCUAUGGUUUGACAAUACUUAAUCGUCUAAAGUUCUCCUCCUGUUUUAAUGAAAUAAGUAAGAGUAAAGCUGCUCAGGCAGUCAGUCAACGUACAGAAGUCACAUUCCACUUUAUAUCAGAAUGGGAAAAGAUUACUACCAGAUACUGGGCAUAAACAGAAAUGCAACUAAGGAUGACAUCAAAAAGGGAUACAGGCGGAUGGCGCUCAAAUACCAUCCGGAUAAGAACGACCACCCCCAGGCCGAAGAACAGUUUCAGGAAGUUGCCGCCGCCUUUGAGGUGCUGUCAAACAAGGAGAAACGAGAACUUUACGAUCAAUACGGAGAAGAAGGUCUCACGUCUCAAGAUGAGGCGGCGCAGACAUUUGCCCAGCCCACACCUGAUAUGGUGCCCUUUAUGUGCGCAGUGGGCGGAACCGUCUUAUUUGCCUUUGCAGCAUACAAAACGUUUCAAUUUUUCUCGAAAAAAAAGAACCCAGAUGUAGACAACGACGAAUCUUCAUCUGAUUAAAUUUAUUGUUAAUUUACUAAACGUACUUUUCGGUGUUAUUGUUAUUAAUUUUUUCGAAUAAAUAAAACAGCUGAGUGUCAUCGAUAUUUAUCCAAAA